AUGGAUCACCUGGUCCCACGUCGUCAGCAGAGCGAAGAGGAUGCCGUGGGCCCAUCAUAUCCGCGACUUACACCCGUAGCCGCACCCCCGUCUUGCCAUUGGCCAUCGAGAGAGACGGCCGCUCGCAUAAGCUCGCCUGCGUCACAAAGCCACAAGCCCACGCCCACGUUAACGCCGACCGUGCGUGCAAGCAAUCCGUUGCACUGGCCCGCCCCCGAAUCGCUGCCAUCGCUGGUGGACGACAACGUUCUCUCGCGCACCACCUACCAGCUGGCCACGACCGCCAAGGGCAAGGGGAGUUGGCACAAUUCGAGUGCUGCUGCAGCAGCACCAGGACCAGAAGCACCAGUGGCAACAGCACCACCUGCUCCUGACCCUCCCGUUGGUUCCAAUGCACGCCAUGUACUUUCCGACGCAAGCGGAGAGCGGUGCGGCGAAAGCGACAGAGCGAGAGUGACUGGCUCUUCACGGACGUUGAACGUUGUCAACACACAGCGACGAGGCCCUACAAAAGGAUCCAUGCCGCCGUCAUCCUCCUCCUUCCCCCGCGGCUCGCUGCCUACGUCAUCGCUCACCACCGAUCAACCGAAAGAUCACGCGACGUCGUACUCUGGUAGCGCCAGGCUUGGCAGCAGCAUGGCCAGCACAGCCAGCGACAGCUGCAGGGCGCACCCCUCGGCGCGACUCUAUGCGGUGGUACCCACAUCUCCGAGCUUGAACGCGAAGCCGCCCUACACACGCUCCGCCUCGCAGGGCCCUACUGUCAGCCCAUGCGCCGUGUCGUCAUCAUCGACAUCGCCGUCGUCGUCGUCGCUGUUCGGCCCGAUAGACGCUCUCGGUCGGAAAGUCGGCCAGCGGCUCCGCGGCGUCGCUGGCGCUGCCACUGCCCGGGGCAUGCAGUCCAGAACGUCAACGCCGCGUCCUGGGCCUACUCACGGCGCGUGGAUGCUGCCGCCUUCUGCGCUCCCUGUCGAUCCCCAGGAUCAGGCGCCGGGCAGCGCGCCGCUCGCUCCUCAGCGGCAGCCGCUUCACCACCCUGCCCCCUGCUCCGUCCGAAUACCUGACCGCUCUUCUGCAGCCAUCCACAAUAUCGGCGUCCCCCCUUCGCUGCCUUCUCCGCUCGCCUCCAAGGCCGCCAGUCUUCGCGUAGGCACUACUGCGACGUUCAGCACAUCGAGUCUGCUAUCGUCCGCAACGGUCAGCUCUUCCUCCUCAUCUUGCGCAUCCUCGGCGGACCAACUGCACCUCCAGCAACAGCGGCCCGAACCGUCCUACAUGCCCGUCGCGGCCGGAAUGCCAGCGCACCAGCCCGGCUCGGUCGUGCCCGUGCUUCUGCCGGGCUAUGUCGCGCGGCGCGUCGCGCGCGACCGGCACUCGCAGGGCUGGGCCGCCGUCGACGCGCCAGAGGACCUCGACGAUGGAGCGGUGGAGCUUGACGUCUAUGCGCACGGCAUGGUCCUCAGGACGCCGGAGGCCGCUGGAACGUGGGAGAGGGUUUUCAACCAGAUGGCUAGACAGCUCGCAGGCCUGCCAAAGAUCGCCCGGCAGCCCUCGGCAGCCGCUUCAACUAUGUCGAUGAGCUCUCCGGCCAGCACGGCCGGCCUACUGCACGCCGCAGCACCCGCGGAUGACCCGCUUCUUGCGGCGCUCGCCCCGACCGGCAAGCCGCAUAGUGCCGAGCCGAAGUCGAUGCUCGACGGGUGUCCUCCGUCUGCGUCUGCAUCUGCCACUGAGGCGGAGGCGGGGGCGGAGGCGAAAUGCGUGCCUAUAACGGGUGCUUUCGCGGGUAGAGAGGGCGAGGAUGCCGGCGCGAGCGGCGGCGCGCUGGAAUUCAAUGCGACAGUCAAAGCCGGCAACGGCGACGACGGCGAUUGCGCUACGGAGGCUCGAGACGAGCGGCGACUGCGCAUGCGCGACAAGCUGACGCACAGGUUGAUGAGGAAUGUCAAUGAGGAGGCACUGGCGCGCUUCAUCGAUCGCGCGCGCAUCCUCCCGAACGACCGGCCAAAUGAUGCGGAUGUUGCGCGUGAGCAUGGGGCAGGCGCCAAGAACAAGAACGAGGCUGACAGCUCCGAGUCUGCUGGUCCCGAAGUACAACGCACGCUCUGGAGCGCAGCGCUUGCUUCUCGUGCAGAACGGCAAGUGAGUGUCGCGACUGGAUCUGCCUCGGCACCGAGAAUGGCACCCACACCCGCCGAUGGCGGGGGAAGUGGCGCUGCUAGGCCUUCGGAUCUGCUCGCUUCAACCUCUAGUCUGCAACCUUUCAGCCGCCGCGAGCGGGCGAUGGCAAAGCUGCAUACUCUCAAGACAGUGUCGACCCGCUUGCAGUCAGAUUCUCGCACGAGCUCUCCGAUCGGCGCGGGCGCACACAUUGACGAGGCGUCCGCAUGGAGCAGGCGCGGCGCCACUGCUUGGCUGGGCCGCUCGCUGCCCGAGUUGCAGCAACUGCAGCGCAACCUCGAAAGCCGGCUGCAUGCAUUCUGGAUGUACAGGGUCGAACAUCGAGAGGUUAGAAUCGAAAUCGAGCCGACCUUCUCAAACAAGGUGCAGAGCGAGUGGGCGGAGCAUGGCAUCGAAGAGCCGCGCGGUAUGCUGCUCGCAACGACGACGCUGUGGACCAACAGCAGCGGGUGCUUCGAGCACAAGCUCAUCAUCCCGUGGUGCAUGCUCGAGUCAUACUGCGAACACCAUGAGGCUACGCGUGGCGUGCACCCCGUCGAGAUCGUCGGUUUGCGCAUGCGCGCUGUGCUGUUGAAGCACAAGAACCCGUCUCAAAAGGCGAGUGAGCCGGUUAUGAGAGGCGAAGGCAGCGCUCAGUCUGAGGUGCCACUUGGCGCCACGAGCUACGGUUACCCGCAAGUCUCAAAGGAAGCCGGUGAAAAUCGCUCUCGGCCGCCUGAUCAUUUCAAAAAUCACGUCGAUGCGGAAUCGACGCUAUGGAUGGAGCUUGACGUCACCGACGAUGGACGCCGGAAGGUCCGCGUCAUAUCGGACAUCGAUGACACGGUCAAGCACACAGACAUUGUUGGCGGCAUCAAGUCGGUCUUCCAGAACGUCUUUGUUAAGCCCUUCAACGAGGUCACAGUAGAUGGCGUCGCACGCUGGUACCAAGCGAUGACGGCUGCCGGCGCCCCCGUCCACUAUGUCAGCAACGCGCCAUUGGAGCUCUACGGGCUCGUCCAGGGCUUUUUGGAGGUAGCCGGCAUGCCGCUCAGCCAUUUGCACAUGAAACUCUACCCGACCGGCACGCGUAAUCUACUCGCUUCAUGGCUUGAACCUGCUGGAGAAAGGAAGCGUGGUGCCGUGGAGGCCAUCUUGAACGACUUCCCUGGCACCAGCUUCAUCCUCGUUGGGGAUUCCGGCGAGCUGGACCUGGAGCUAUACUCUGCACUUGCUGCCGAGCGGCCUCAUCAGAUCCGCGCUAUCUUCAUCCGGGACGUGUCGAGCCCGCGACCACGUGCCAAGCCGACGGCGUCGCCUUCUUUGAUGACGAACGAGGAAGUCAUGGAGGAUGCGCCCACUAUUCAGCCUCCUGCACCUGCCGACAUUCCACCUAUACCAGGCGCAGCGCCAGGGUUCUUUGACACGUCUUUCCCUGACACAGCGUCCAAUUCGAUGCGUCCGCCCAUUCUGCGACGCAUAACCUUCGACUCCAUGAACCGCUCCUCCCCCUCUUCACUAACGCACUCUUCUGCGCUAAAUUCGAGAGCGGCACCCCCUUCCUCUACUGGCGACAGUCGGCAGCCAGUUUACCUGACGGAAGCGGAGUUUCGCCGGCGCGAGAUAUUUCGCGCUCGUGUUCACAAGGCGAAGGAGAUCAUCCCGAGGAGUACGCUCCUUAAGUUCUAUCGCACGGGCUGCGAAUGCGAGGAGGAUGCACUCAAACUUAUCUGGGAAUUACAGCAGGGCACCCGCCGUGCUGACUGCUCGUAAAGAGUGGAUGUAGCUUACGGAAAGCAGCGAAUUGCACUGUAUCUUAUGUACCUGGCCAACAAUCUCAGCCGAG